CUCCAGACUGUCCGACCGACACACCGAUUCCGACUUUACGCACAAGAGGGGGCGGCGCCGUCGGCACGUUCUCUUCUGCUAAAGGCUGAAAGUUACACUGAAGGACCCACUUUAAUGGGUGACGCGCUAAAAAAGACUGUUGGAAGAGCUACAGGGAAACUUACUAUCGUAUUUUAUUCCGGACACUGCAGUUUUCUCGUUUGAGUAAGAGACUGAUUCCUUUACUCAGCGUGAACUGUUCCUUAAUAAGUACCGAACAAACCACGCGUGUGGUCUACGUUAGUAUUGCUGUUUUGUGCGCAAGUGCAAUUUACGAGAAAUUAGAUAAGUAAACUUAAAUUAUAUCAGACAAGCACCGGCUAUGCAGCCCGGCCGUUUGAAGACAGCCUGACUCGUUUGAAUCAGGCUUCAUAUUCGCAACAUGUUCCAAUAAUUGGAAGACAGAGAUAGUUAUACAUAAGAGAUAGAGAUUUAAAACAAAGACAUUUGGGACUCUUUGAGGGGUUUAUGUGGGAACAUCUGCUUCUCACGUCCAGGUGUCCCGCCGAGCGGUGCGGACUCUGCAGCUCAGGCCGGCAGCGCUGACAUGCUGCCUAAAGUCGAUACGGAAUCACUCGGAAUCACUCGAUCGUAUGGAGAACAAGGGCGUAUGCCAAGGAAUAUGCAAGCCCACCAGUUAAAAAUGAUGGACUACUCCUAUGACGAAGACUUGGACGAGAUGUGCCCCGUUUGUGGAGACAAGGUUUCAGGCUAUCACUACGGACUACUGACCUGCGAGAGCUGCAAGGGCUUCUUCAAGCGCACCGUCCAGAACAACAAGCGCUACACAUGUAUAGAGAACCAGAGCUGCCAGAUUGACAAGACCCAGAGGAAGCGCUGCCCGUACUGCCGCUUCCAGAAGUGCCUCACCGUCGGCAUGAAGCUAGAAGGUAUGCAGCAUCUUCUGUUCGUGGCGGAUCGCAUGCGUGGCGGUCGCAACAAGUUCGGCCCGAUGUACAAACGGGACCGGGCCCUGAAGCAGCAGAAGAAGGCUCUGAUCCGAGCCAACGGCCUGAAGAUUGAGGCCAUGACUCAGGUGAUGCAAGCCGUGCCCACCGACCUCACCAUCUCCUCAGCCAUUCAGAACAUCCACUCGGCCGCAUCCAAGGGCCUUCCGCUGAGCCACCACCCUGGGCACCACGUCGGUCACCACCACCACCACCACCACCACCAUCAUGCCACCGCCCUGCCCCCCACAGACUAUGAUCAGCCAUUCGUCACUUCGCCGGUCAGCAUGGCUAUGCCGCCACACGCCGGCAGCCUGCAGGGUUACCAGGCGGCCUACGGACAUUUCCAAGGCACACGCACCAUCAAGUCAGAGUACCCAGACCCGUACACCAGCUCGCCGGAGUCCAUCAUGGGCUACGCCUAUGUCGACGCCUACCAGACCGGCUCGCCGCCCAGCUUUCCUCACUUGAUCGUAGAGCUGCUCAAGUGUGAGCCAGAUGAGCCGCAGGUACAGGCCAAGAUCAUGGCCUACCUUCAGCAGGAGCAGGCCAGCCGAGGAAAACACGAGAAGCUCAACACCUUCGGCCUCAUGUGCAAAAUGGCCGACCAGACUCUCUUCUCCAUCGUAGAGUGGGCACGCAGCAGCAUCUUCUUCCGUGAGCUUAAGGUGGACGACCAGAUGAAGCUGCUGCAGAACUGCUGGAGUGAACUUCUCAUCCUCGACCACGUCUUUCGGCAGGUGAUGCACGCCAAGGAGGGCUCCAUCCUAUUGGUCACUGGCCAGCAGGUGGACUAUGCAGUGAUUGCUUCACAGGCGGGAGCCACCCUCAACAACCUGUUGAGCCACGCCCAGGAGCUGGUGGCCAAGCUACGCUCUCUCCAGCUAGACCAACGGGAGUUUGUCUGCCUCAAGUUCCUGGUCCUCUUCAGCCUGGAUGUCAAGAACCUGGAGAACUUUCACCUCGUGGAGAGUGUCCAGGAGCAGGUCAACGCAGCGCUGCUGGACUACGUCAUGUGUAACUAUCCGCAACAAACAGACAAGUUUGGCCAGCUGCUCCUCCGGCUGCCAGAGAUCCGAGCCAUCAGCCUGCAGGCCGAAGAAUACCUUUACUACAAACACCUGAACGGGGACGUGCCCUGCAACAACCUGCUCAUUGAAAUGCUUCAUGCCAAGAGAGCUUAGGAGAGGACUGCACUACCCAUAAUGCAGCUGUGCAAACAUCUUGAGUUCUGCUGCUGCACACAAACUCCAAAUAACUGAAACUCCAUCUCAAAGUUGUGAUGACCUGGAGGAUGGAGAGCAGAGACUCAUAGCAACUCUUGUUUAUAUAAAGCUCAUUUAGAUUAUCAAGUUACAACUUGGAGUACAGAUCUGGACAAACACUUAUUCACAGAGACAAAUAAUGUGUACACACUAACAGUAUAUGGAUCCAUUUAUUCUAUUAAAAAAAGUCUGAAAGAAGAGCCUCUUCUCCUCAACUACAAAGACAAUAUUAAAAGUAAGAAGAGAAAAACACUUGAAACAAACAUGGCUCAAGAUGGGAUCCUUUUGUCUGCACGAGCACACAAUAUCAAAACUGGCAGGUUGAAACUUAAGAAUGAACAACCCUUAAAUGUUUUGGCACUGGUGCUACGACAGGAACCUGAGAAACACCACCCAUCUUCAGACGGACAGCUUUGUGACUAGAGCGGUGGCUUUUUUGGUCGAUGAUCCUCCGGAUGCUCUCUCACUGAAACCAGCUUUUAGCUGUUGGUACUGUAAAGACGAACGGACAGCCAGUCAACCAGGCCAAAGACUCUAACUUACUCUCACAUCUGUUUUUCAAACUCACAAAAGAUGCCUGCCAUGGCAGCUUGAUCUGACUGAGAGGGAAGAACUGAAAGAAAAAAAAAAGUCUAAAAAAGAAACAGUCUUUAUUGAACAAAAUGAUAGAUAGGCCAAUAAGAAGAAAAAAUAUGAGUUUUCUUUCUCUUGUAAUGGAAGUCAUUUGCUCCUCAUGGUCAUAUUGUCGUACCUGUUUCUUAUUCCACCUCCCUGAAUCAUCUUAAACUAUGUACCUCAGAAAGACCAGUGUUAAAUUAAUUCAAUUAGUGAUGUAAGCUGAAAAAAGUGUAUUUAUAGCCCCUUUUUCCUGCAAAAAACACCCUCUCUUUUGAGUAUUUCAUUACAACUGGAACAAAACAAAGUGUGAUUCUUGAGACGGAGAAGGAUCGACCCUGCCUUUCUCCGGAAAGACCAAAGCCUGCUGCAAAACAGGAGGAAAUUACAAAAACCUUAAUAAUCAGUAUUAUAAUGGGGAAAAAAUUGUGAUGUCACAGUUAUGUGAGUCUUGCCUUAUUUCAUUACCAUGCUAGCUAACCGUGCAGAUGUGAAUGAAAAUAUGUACAAAUAUGUAUAUAAAGUAUUAAUGUAAACAUUAAAAAAAGAAUAAUUCAACAGGUGUUUACAUUCAUGUGGUCAUAUGGGAGAGAACUGUGAUGAAGCAUAAAUUGCAAAGCAAUGAUUUCCUAAAAAAUGAAAUCAACAAAAUGAAAAAAAUAUCCUCUGGUUCGCUUUCUUUGGUGUGUGUACAGUGUUUAUUUGUUAUUUGUUUUGAGCAGUACUUAAAUUAUGUCGUGAGACACUAAAAUCAAGAAGGAAUCACACUUAAGAUAUUAAUUUCUAUCUGUGUCUGCUGGCAUUUCAACUUUGUUUUUUUUAAGCAUUGCUGUAUAAGGGUUUUGUUUCACUUACAACCUUUUUUGUAGAUGUCCUCUCCUUUUUUAUUUACAGUGCUUUUACCUUUUUAAUGUACAGUAUGUCACUGGUUACGCUUAAUAAUGAAGAUAAUUUAUUGCGUGUCUGGGUUUCCAUCUUUGUGUUACAUGGCGUGAGGUGUCCAUGCCAGAAUAAAUUUGUUUUCUGUA